AUGUCUGUUCAAAAUUUAGAAAAUAAAGUUAUAUUAACUCUUGGAUCCGGCUCUAGUGCUGAAGCGAUUCUUGAUGGAACUAAAGCAAUACGUGGUGGAAUCCCAUUAGUUUUUCCGCAAUUUGGAACUGCCAAAAAUCCAAACGAUGCCACUGCAAAAUUACCGCAACAUGGUAUCGCACGUAGUUCCAUAUGGGAAUUUUUGAGCGCAACAAGUAGUGAUAAUAAGGAUCAUAAUGACGACGAAGUUACUGCAACAUUUGGACUAACUGGUUCACAAACACCAAAGAAUCUUCGAGAAGCGUGGCCGAAAAAAUUUCAAUUGAUUUAUACUGUUUCAUUGACCGCUCGUACAUUAAAAACGUCGCUAAAAGUGAAAAACGAGGAUAAUGAAGCAUUUAAUUUUCAUGUUCUUUUCCAUACUUAUUUCUUGGCUCCGGAUAUUUCAAAAGUCUCAAUACUUGGUCUCUCAAAUCUCACAUACACGGAUAAAGUAUUGAAUGGAGCUCGUGCACUUGAAUCUCGCGAGAAAGUAACAAUUGAUCAAGAGGUGGAUCGAAUAUAUGAGAAUGUUACGAGUGAUGAGAUUGUUGUGGAUUUGGGGGAAGAGAAAGGCAAUCUUAACGUGAAAAUAUCUAACACUAAUCUCCGAGAUACAGUUGUGUGGAAUCCAUGGAUCGAUAAAUCACGAGGAAUGUCUGAUUUUGACGAUGAAGAAUAUAAAGUGAUGGUUUGUGUCGAAACUGGCACGGUGGCCGAUUAUAUUCUUCUAAGUCCAGGUCAAAAUUGGGAAGGAGGUCAGAUUUUGUCUGUUGCUAUUUAA